CCUCUGCCCUGUUAGAGCUGGGGGACUCUUCAGAGUCAAAGGCCAGAGAGCAUGGAGCUGAGUGGAGCCACCAUGGCCCAGGGGCUUGCUGUCCUGCUAGUCUUGUUCCUGCAUAUCAAGAACCUGCCUGCCCAGGCGGCGGACACGUGUCCAGAGGUGAAGGUGGUGGGCCUGGAGGGCUCUGACAAGCUCACCAUUCUCCGAGGCUGCCCAGGGCUGCCCGGGGCCCCAGGGCCAAAGGGAGAGGCAGGUGCCAUUGGAGAGAGAGGAGAACGCGGUCUCCCUGGAGCCCCUGGAAAGGCAGGACCAGUGGGGCCCAAAGGAGACCGAGGAGAGAAGGGGAUGCGUGGAGAGAAAGGAGAUGCUGGGCGGUCUCAGUCGUGUGCGACAGGCCCACGCAACUGCAAGGACCUGCUAGACCGGGGGCAUUUCCUGAGCGGCUGGCACACCAUCUACCUGCCCGACUGCCGGCCCCUGACUGUGCUCUGUGACAUGGACACGGACGGAGGGGGCUGGACCGUUUUCCAGCGGAGGAUGGAUGGCUCUGUGGACUUCUAUCGGGACUGGGCCGCGUACAAGCAGGGCUUCGGCAGUCAGCUGGGGGAGUUCUGGCUGGGGAACGACAACAUCCACGCCCUGACUGCCCAGGGAAGCAGCGAGCUCCGUGUAGACCUGGUGGACUUUGAGGGCAACCACCAGUUUGCUAAGUACAAAUCAUUCAAGGUGGCCGGCGAGGCAGAGAAGUACAAGCUGGUACUGGGAGCCUUUGUCGGGGGCAGUGCGGGUAAUUCUCUAACGGGCCACAACAACAACUUCUUCUCCACCAAAGACCAAGACAAUGAUGUGAGUUCUUUGAAUUGUGCUGAGAAGUUCCAGGGAGCCUGGUGGUACGCCAACUGUCAUGCUUCAAACCUCAAUGGUCUCUACCUCAUGGGACCCCAUGAGAGCUAUGCCAAUGGUAUCAACUGGAGUGCGGGGAAGGGGUACAAAUAUAGCUACAAGGUGUCAGAGAUGAAGGUGCGGCCCGCCUAGACGGGCCAGGACCCCUCCACACGCACCUGCUAGUGGGGAGGCCACACCCACAAGUGCUGCGUCCUGGAAGUCACCCCAUUUCCCCAGCCAGACACACUCCCAUGACACCCACAGCUGCCCCUUUGCCCCCAGCUCAGUCAAACCGCCACAUGCCCACAACCUCACCAGAGGGAGAAUUAUGUUUCUAAAUAUGUUUACUUUGGGACAGAAAAGUUUUACCAGCUUCAAUGUGUGUUUCUUGAACACCAGUGGUUUUGAUCACUUUCCUGUGUCUGUUGCAUGGCAGGUCUUUCCCUGGAAUUUGGUAAGUCGGGAAGAGUCAGGACCCUCAUUUAGCAGAUGGCACUACCGAUGUUCAGGGAGGUUGAGUGACUUUUGCGAGGAUUGUCCACCUCCAGUAAUUGACACAGGGCGAUCCUCACCUCCACCCCCAAGCCUCCCCCAUCCCCCCACGCCUCACUCACAACACUUCACACUUCUUGAAAAAGGUCACUUUGGGGUCCAGAAAACACUUACUAAAAAGGGGGAAAGUUUAGUAGGAACUUUUCUGCUUCCCACCGCGGCAGAGUUCAUGCUUUGGGCUGGCUGGCUGCUGGGAAGAGAUAAACACUUAGCACUCACUAAGUGAGCGCCUGGUCAGCCACCUGCACAGAGAAGACUCCGAAGAGGCUUUCCUCCCACACACAGACCUCAGCUAGAGGGGACCGUGGACCUCAGUGGGAAAAGCUGCACAAGGCUUCUAGGAGAUGAUGGAGAAGGGGCUUCUCCAGCUCCCAGGCCAGGGGAGAUUUCUCAACCACGACCUAAGAAGCAUCAAAGGGAAUGUGGCAAGUGUAACUCCAUUCAAAUCAAGAGCUCCCACUUACCGAAGGACACUAAGGGAACCAAAGGAAGGCCAGAGGGGCAGAAUCACGGUGCGGCACACAAGUCUUUAGUUUUCUACUAUUGCCGCAACCAGUCACCACAAAUGGAGUGGCUUAAAACAACAAGAACUCGCCACCUCCUGGCUCGAUAGAUCUGGAGUCCCUGGGCCUUACUGGGCCAGCAGGCAGGACUCAGCAGUGGUGGCUCCUUCCGGGGUUCUAGGGGAGAACCUGCUUCCUUGCCUUUUCCAGCCCCAGGGGUCACUGGCAUUCAUUGGCCGGGACUCCUUCCCCCAACCCCAAAGCCAGCAGCACCACAUCUCUCUGACCCUUCAUCCGUUGUCCCCUCUCCCCCCAAGCCCCACGGGACAGGGUCUCCACUCCUGAGACUCAUGGGAUUAGACUAGGCCUACCUGGAUAAUCUGGGAUCCUCUCCCAUGUCCAGGUCUCUAUCCCUAACCACAUCAGCAAAGUCUCUUUUGCCAUGGAAGGUAUUUGCAGGCUCUGACUUUGUGUGUAUUAGGGCAGGACAUCUUUGGCGGGGCAGUGGUGGGGGCAGGGAAUUAUUCUGCCUACCAUGCCUUAUACAAAAAUAAAUAAAUCACAGGCUUAUACCUGAAAGAAUUCCUGCAAAUAAUAAAAGAAUUAGAGCAGCUCAGUUAAAUAAAAAAAGGUAUGAGAUGUGAACAGACACUUCACAGAAGAUGACAUGCAGGGGAGCAAGGUAUUUAUCAAAAAGUGCUCCACUUUUCACUUACCAGAGAAAUGCAAAUCAGCACCCAAAGGAGUCACUGCGGCACCCUCAUCUGAGCCUCAGAAGUUAGAAAGAUGGACAGCACCAGUGUCAAAGGUGACUGUGGGAGGGGGAUUUGCAUACACUGCUAGUAACAAUGCGAAUUGAUGGAACCAACCUGGAAAAUGGCUUGGCAUCAACUGUUGGAGAAGAAGACACACAGUCCUCUAACCUGCCAGUCCCACAUCAGGGCCUGGAUAUGGCCGUCAUGUGUACCAGGGAGCAUGGCCAGGAAUCUUCACAGCCAAAUACUCACCAUAGCACCAAACUGGAAUCAGCCGACAUACCCAUCAGGAAGAGAAUGGAUGUUAAAAAAUGCAAGGAUAGCCAUUGGGUAGAACGCCAUACAGCCAUGACAAUUACACAGUGACACCUACACACAAGGAGCAUGAGUCUCACAAACAUGGCAGCAAAAGGAGCCGGUUCAAGAGGGUAUGUGCUAUGGAUUCCAUUGUAGAUAAAGUUUUUCGAAAGCAAAAGUAGCCAAUGGUAUUUUGGAUGCAUAUUUAGGUGGUAAAUGUAUACAGGAAAAAUAAGAAAGUGAUUGUAUUUGAGGGUGGGACCACAUGGUGACUGGGAAGGGACAGGGACAAGCCUCUGGGGUUCUGGCAAUGCUCUGUUUCUUGACCCAGGUGGUGAUUGUAAGGGUGUUUGUUAACUAGUGAUAAAAAUAAUUAAGCUGUACUUUUGCUUUAUA